CUUCAAAAACAAAUGAUGGAAUAUAUGGAAUAUUUCUUGUGUUGUGUGACACUGCUUUCCAAUUUCUACAGUGUUUGCUUUAGUUGUUAGUGAUAUUCAUUUGGAGCCGAACAGUUAUCCAGGUCGAACUCGGCGGCAGUUAGACGAAGACGCAACGGUUGACAAUGUUGAGGAUCGAGUAGAUAUGCCAUUUGAAUAUUCCUUAGAACUAUACUGUGAGCAUGGUGGUUUAGAAAGUGUUUCAUCUGUCGAAGGAGGCAAUGCUCAAGGUAUACGUCGUGCUCCUCGUCGUCGAAGGGAGCCUCGUGCAGGUCGCGGCGGGCGUGGUGGUAGCAGAUCGCCGUAUGUCGGCGAUCAGGGACCCGAUGAAAACACUAGCGCAGGCGGAGGUGGCGGCGGUGGAACCAACAGCGGCGACAACUUCGGCAGCGGCUCGACUAGCGUAACCAAACGGAUCCCUACCGUUCGUUGUUGA